UCCUCACGUCACCUUCGGAGAUCCCGUAGCUCAGAGAGGCAUCAUGAAAUUCUGGUGCCAAUGGCAAGCACGAGGCAUGCCGCAAAGAUCUUCAUCUCAGCUGAGGCCAGCGACCUUUGCCCCCGAGAGCAUGAGCUCGGGACCUUUGGGACGCCACGCUUAGCAGCCUUUGUGGAUGGCCACCUCCGUGGGCAAUCAGAGGGCCAGCCCAGCUUUCCACGCCCACGCUGGCAGCCGUUUAGUGUCACGGUGGAGUUGACCAGCGAGUUGCUCUUGGUCGUUCUGGAGUCAGACCCCCUGCAGCCGAGGCCGGGCGCGCCCUUCUGCUAUGGCUUUUUGCGCUUGAGGGAGGAGCUGGGACCCUUGGCCUGGCAGCAGAAGAUCCACAUCUCGCGGCCGCUGGAAGAGGCUCCAGGAAGGUACGGAAGCUUGUCGAUUGAACUCUCAGUGGACGAGCCACGCCCUGAACCUCCAGCUCCAGGCGGCAAAGUCCUGUCCUUGGCCAAUGCCAUAGCCCACCCAGUGGACUGGUGUGGAGUGCUUCGCUUUUCACCUGAGCUGGGGCUUGGCCGAUGGUCCUUGGAAGCAGCUGCAGGGCCUCCACAGGCCCCAGGGCCAGACCAGGACGGCCUCUCCCCUUCAAGUGGCUUCAUCAGUUGGGUGGCUGAAUCCAAAGAAGCCUUAGCAUGCCCGGAAAUGAAGGAGCUUUUUGUGGUGGAACGGGAUGUGGUCUUCAGUGCUCAUGCCUCUUUGGGAGAUAAAGCUGGCAAGUGCAUGAAGCGCCUCUCGCGCAUGCGCGGAGCAGGUGGGAUGUGCAACAUGUUUGUGGAUGCGCAUCCAGAUCCACUAGCUUUUGAGAUGGCAGGGGUCAAGCACCCUCCAAGGAUGCACCUCAGGUUCUUCCCGGCAGAAUUCCUUAGACCGAAGCCAGGGAUGCCAUGUGGCCUAAGCAUCAGGAUCACCCUUGCAGCUGUACCUCCGGGCCUCGAUUUGCCACUCGUGUUCUACGUACCCGCUGGGUGCUUCUCAGAAUACGCACAAGAACAAUCACACGCAAGUUUUUGCAUCAGUCACAUUGGCGACUGUGCAGAGAUUUGCCUUUCAGACCCUUCACGUCUAAUUGGGCGCGCUCUUUGGCGGGUCUCGGCCAACUUUUCCUCUGAAAGAACGAGGGGCUUGGAUUUGACCCGACUUCUUACAGUCCCAGAUGCAUUCAUUGAUGUGCUAGCUCUCAGGCUCCGCCCUGUUGAUGAGAAGGUGCUGACCAUACCUGUGGAUGAACAUGCCAUCGUUUUGCGGGUGCUUCCAAGCACGCUGCGUGUUGAUGUGCCCAGACCUGUUUUUGGUCUCUUCCUCCCACCUGCAGAUACAGCAGAUGAUUUGCGCAUGAUGAGCCCGGGAGGUGAAGUAGCAGGGAUUUUUGUGCAUAGCCUAGCCGUGCAUUCGCCACAUGUGAGAUGUUGCUUGAUCAGUGCAGGGCCUGACCCAGGCACUCUCUUCUACCCUUUGCCACACAUGGGUGGCAAGGUGUUUAUCCCAGCACAGCCAGACCACCAUGGCAAGGUCAUCGCACAUGCUUUUCUACCUGACUUUGGGUAUCAUGCAGUUGCAGAAGCCACUGUGAGCGACUUUGCUUUGCAGCUGCGUUGGCUUUUCAAUGAAGGUAGUGGUCACAAGACCACAGUGUUAGCUGCUGCUUUGAUUACGUUCGCGCGUUGGCCCUUAGCAGAUGGGAUUUCGGCGAUUGGCCUUCGGGUCAUGCGAAAUAGUGUCCCAGCAGAAGCGUCAUCACUCUUGACGCCUUUGAGCAUCGGCAUGGACGAGGGGGAUGCCUUCACUUGGUAUGGGAGGGACGGAGAUGAUCAUGAAGCAAUUCUGUCAGUUGGCUCGGCAGGUGCUGGAAUGGAGGUGCAGUGCGGUGAGUGCAUUACAUCAAGCUUCCUCCUGCCUGAUUUACUACUUGCACAAUCCGCCUUGGGAUUCAGCUAUGAGCUUGAUGGCGCACCCGACCUGGAGAAGGGCCAGGAGCAAGAACAUGCAGAUGGUGAUCAGAAAUCAUACUCCGAGGAGCUUUCCAAAGCCAAAAAGAUGGUCUUUGAUGAGACGCAGGGAAUCCUGGUGCCGGCUGCAGACAGUGAUGACUCGCAAGGGACAAGCGAUGAGAAGGAUGCUCGACGUGCUCGACAUCUUUCCUCGCCUCCUCGGCGGCUCCGGCGUGAGGCAGUGACAACAUCUGCGGCAUUGUGCUUGCCCGUUCUUGUGGAGGAGCGGCAGGACGAUAAAAGUGCCAUGGCCUUUUGUUUCCUUCCGGUUCGAGUGCAGCAUGUCUCGGAGAGGCCACAGCUGCAGUUUGGCGCUGAUGCAGCGCUGCGGCGGCUUACCAAAGGUUCUCCAAAUGCGACUGGGGUAAUCCUUUUGCAGAAAUUCUCCUCCUUUGCACGCCUGGAGGCCCAUAGCGAUGGAUCUUGCCAGGGCUGCUGGGAGCCUGUGCCUGCCCUUUCACUCACUGUGACUGGAUUCUCGGGCGUAGCGGCCCGAGCUUCUGCGAGAACCGCCGCUCAUUCCUCACGUGGCUGUGCCGCAACUUGGAGCCCACCAGUCUCUGGCGACAAGGAGUCUCCGCCCCACAUCAUUAAGAUGCGCUUCGCCACCCAAGAGGACGCAUGCUUGGAAGUUCAAAUCGAGUUUCGCUUCUCGUGUCCUGCUUGUUCAGAAGCAGCUACCUUCACUGCUUGUGGCCAAGUGCAUAUGACAGCAUUGUGGCAACCCAUAGACGUCCACCUGAACAUCCGAAAGAAUCAAGGCUUGAUUUCUGCAGGACAUCUAGGCACAGCUUUUGCAAGGCUGAUGCUUUGUCCUUCGCAGCUUUGUGGUCCUCAGCCGGGCUUGUUGACCCUGGAACUCAAGCCAGUUUUCCCUGGCGGUCCGGGGGUUUCGGAGCUCCUGGAUUUGGAGACCAAUGCCGUGAGGUCCGGGUGGCACGGGUCAGCUGUAACUGAAAUACCAGCUGGCCUGCGCUUGGCAGUGGACAAGGAAGGAGGUCCGGCUUUGGUCCUAGAUGGGAGGCCAGAGGACUUCUCUGCCGCCGGCCGCCGGCGGUGCCAACUCUGUGUGGAGAUUGGACCAGAGGACGCACUGCGAAGCGUCACUUUGGAGCUUCAGGCUCUCACUGGGUCCCGGCGUUUGCUCCGCUCCUUGCUUCUAGCAGCCCUGGGUCCAUUGGGAGAUACCGCCGUUGUUGCAUACCACAUUCAUUUUGGGCCAAGGUGCUCCUUGGCCCUGCUGUGCAGCUUCGAAGCGCGGCGACAUGUCCUCCAAGUGCGACAGGUUAAGGCCAGACCUACAAUGCCGCUGAGCUUGGAGGUGACACAGGAAGAUACCGCAAAGGAGGAGCAGAACCGAAGGCUUUCCGACGCUCUACUUCAACUCCAAGCGGAUAAGCCUUCAUGGAGGCCGCCAAAGAAGCCACGUCCUGCUUCGGCCUCACCUGCUCACAAGAGGUCUCCAAAGAUGUCGCACCCGUUCCUGGAGCGGGGGCCUCACCAUUGGUUGACGGAGAAGUUGCCAGUUCACAAGAAGACGGGGCACAUUUGGACGCAGGAGAUGGGCCGACAACAACCAGUCUCAGCUACGCCGAGGCGUGCCAGGAGCAAGAAGGAUGCGCCUGGUCCCUAUCCUCGCCAGGUGCGGUAUCCCAUUGGCUGGGAUGAGAAAGCGGAGGCCAAAGAUGGCCCGAAGUACCGCAGCGACUUUUUAUGCAGGCAAAAGGCAAAGAUCUUCCACCUUCGGGAAGACAUCGCCCGCUGUCGCGCUGCCAAAGAGCGGGUGGACCAGCGUUUGAAUCAGAUGCGGCGUGCCCUACGCAGUGCCCAAAAGGCAAGCCACACUUGCAAUGAAUUGGAGCCCAAACACUCUCACUCGCGCAGUGAGAAGCAGUCAGGUGAAGAUUCUCUCCAAAAGCCUGCGAGAGUGAGGUCUCAGCUGCAGCCAGGCUCAGAUCUUGGAUCACAGCAGGUUUGUGCCAACUGCGAGAAGCCCAUUCCGCCUGAGGGCCGCUUUUGCAGCGGCUGUUUUCCUCAGGUCGUCGAAGAGGCCUUGCAGCUUCGGGAAAUCGUUGGAAAGCAGCUCGUGGAAGCUGCGGCCCUGCGCCAUCAGUUGGAAAGCCAAAAGAGAGAGGAAACACAGCUUGAGGCCCGGAAAUGCGACCUGGAGGCCCAACUUUAUGCGGUGGAGGCCGGAGCACAGGACUCGCAGACAGAGCCAACCCACCACAUUCUCAAAGCCCUGGCGCAGCUGCGGACAUUGCGGAGAGACGAGGAGGUACGCUCCAGGCUCGCUGCAGAGCAGUUGGAGGCCUUGUCGCAGCGCGAGGCUGCUAGCAUCGGAGCCCUCGAAGAGGCCACAGUGCGCCUGCAGCAGGCGAAUGAGCGGCAUGGAUCCCUGCAAGAGCGGCUACUCCAUGGCGACAAGAAGGUCAAAGCACUGUUGGCAGAGAUCAGCCAGCUGGCCACUGGGAAGGGUGACCGAUCUGUGAAUUUUGAUGAUUCUCAUCGUCAGCCGACUCUUGCGCCUUCAGGCGAAGCGAGAAUCAGUUGUUCAGAUGCCCGCCCACCCGCUUUGAAGUGAGGCAAGUGACCGAGCGAGCUGGGCGGGACAAGGGUGCUCGAAAGGCCAGGCAUAUAACUUAUAUAAGGGCUUUUUCCAGAGAAUGACGAAUGUCGACAGCACAACCUUGGACUGCUGGGGUAGGGGUUGGAGCUUGGAACGAAGCAAGCUGGACGGUGCUGGGGUGGUGCACCGGCAGUUAAUGUAUUGUGGCCAAAGCGCCAGCGAGAAAGGCUUCCAGCCUUGUGAAGAGAUG